AUGGGCAAGAUCAUCUUUUACGAGGACAAGAACUUCCAGGGACGUUCCUAUGAGACCAGCCAGGACUGCCCUGAGCUGACCUCCCACCUGAGCAGGUGCAACUCCUGCAGGGUUGAGAGCGGCUGCUUCAUGGUCUACGAGCGCCCCAACUUCAUGGGACACCAGAUGCUGGUCAGAAGAGGAGAGUACCCCGACAACCAGCGCUUGAUGGGCAUGAGCCAGAGCGACUGCAUCAGGUCCAGCCGUAUGAUCCCCAUGCACAAAGGAAACUUCAGGAUGAGGAUCUACGAGAAGGAGAACUUCGGAGGUCAAAUGCACGAGAUGAUGGACGACUGUGACUCCAUCAUGAGUCGUUACCGUAUGUCUGACAUGCAGUCCUGCAACGUGAUGGACGGCCACUGGCUGAUGUACGAGCAGCCCCACUUCAGAGGCAGAAUGAUCUACCUGAGGCCUGGAGAAUACAGGAGCCUGAGAGAUAUGGGCUUGGGGGCCAUGGACAUGAGAAUCGGCUCCAUCAGACGCAUCAUAGACUCCUGUUAA